UCUCACCGUGACACUGAACUUGUCCUGGAACAAUAUUUGCUUGUCCAUAUUUAAGAUGCAUUUUCUCCGAGCGUCGAUAAGUUUGCUUUUGUGCGGAGCAAUCUUGUCCCAUGGAGAAGAAAUUUCUGGGGAGAAGCGUUUAAUUAAAGUGGCGGAAGACAAACCAGCCGAAUGGAUGGACCAGGACGAAAUUUGGGGUCUGAUUAAAGCAGAAACUAACUUUGUGGACGUGACGGGACACAAUUUCCCAGUUGUUAAACAAGAGGAUUUUAAUACUGCGGCAAUUCCCACCACCAUCCGUUUUCGAUCCGUUGUCGAAGCACUCUUCUCACUGCUGGACACCAGCCGUAUGAUCACGUUUGUCAUGAGCUUCAGCCAAUUUCAUACUCGUUACUACACCUCUCAAACUGGAAUCGAGUCACAGGCAUUUCUUCGAAGACAAGUUGACGUCAGCCUUUUCGGCUACGCGGGAAACUACACUGUGGAAGAAUUCGAACACACAUGGGUAGGACAGAAAAGCAUUAUUGUUCGGAUCACGGGAACAGAUGCGACACUUCGGAACGAAGUAGUAAUUCUAGGCGCACAUCAAGACUCCAUUAAUACGGGUGGAUCCACACUUUCUGCCCCAGGUGCCGACGACAACGCCUCCGGUUCUGUCGUUGUCCUAGAAACCUUGCGGGUUAUCGCGGAGCAGAAUUUCAUUCCAAAAAGGACAUUGGAAUUUCAUUGGUACGCCGCUGAAGAAGUUGGCCUUCGAGGAUCCGGAGAAAUUGCGAGUUCCUACAAGGAUCGAAAUAUCAACGUCGUUUCAAUGGUAAAUUAUGACGUUCCGGGCUAUCUUGUCCCGAAUCGGAAUGAAAUUCGGAUCGUAAACGAUUACGUGGAGCCGACUCUUAGCACGUUUUUGACCCUAAUUGUCGACGAGUACUUGGCCGUUAGAUGGACCCGGUAUUCAUGCGGAUAUGGAUGCUCGGAUCAUGCUUCCUGGUUUAAUUACGGGUUUCCAUCCGCCCGACCGGCCGAAGCUGUGUAUCACCCAGGCAUGCAUACGGUGACGGACGUCAUAACCGCGGUGGGUUUCGAACAGGUCAAGGAGUUUACGAAGUUGGCGGUGGGAUAUGUGGUCGAAAUGUCGGAGCCAUCUUAAGCGUAGACUACGAAAUCAAGACAUUGGAAAUACUAUUGUUCAUAUGUAAUAAUACUACAAUAUAUUACUUAACUACCUAAAAUUCUAAAUUGUGUAUAAAAUAUGGUGGUUCAUCUUGUAAUAAAUUAGAUUUUCUUGAUUAAGUAA